AUAUUGAAGUAAAGUUUCAAAUGUACAGAUUCAUGAUCAAAGUUUGUUUUUAGUUUCUUGUGAAUUUGGGAUGCUCUACCUACUGUAGAUGUCAUUAGGAAAUGUUCCUCUGCUUGUUUUCUUUCUUCCAGAGCACACCUGACAGUUUUAUCAUGUGUGUUUUGCAGGUGAAUACAUGACAUUCAAGUGCACAGAGUGGGAGGACACCAGGUGUGAGCCCUGUCCAGUAGGGUCCUACAACCCAAUGAAGAACAGGAAGAGCAACUGUGAGCGCUGCCGUACCUGUGAAGGGGGGUUUUCCUAUGAGAAGCAGUGUACCCGCUACAGCAACGCAGUCUGCAAGUGCAACUCUGGACUACAGUGCAUGGAUGAGGAGUGCUCAAGGUGUAUAUACCCUGCUGUAAUCACAACCCCCGCAGAAACCAGUGUAACAGUUAAAUGGAGCACUCCAGCCAAAGAGCCUGCAGCUAAACUAGCCACCCCAGCCAAAAAGCCUGCAGAAAAUGAAACUAUACAGAACAAUAAACGCACAACCAAACGUAAGACUUUUUUUGUUUAAAUGAUUUAAAGAAUGACAUAAAUAAAUCAAUAAAUAAAUAAAUGUGUCAUCCUCAUACAACUAAACAACAGUAUAGAUUGUGCAACAUCAUUUGUAGAUUGCACAAAGCUAAAACACUGGGCACUUCCAGUACAUCGUUUCCU